UUAGUUUCCGGUUCCGGGCUGGUUGUAAGAGGACGAAAGAUGGCGGCUGACACGGAACGGCAGGAAAUUUCCGUUAUUGACAGUAGUUUACUGGAAUUUUGUCCUAAGGAUGUUGCCAUGAUGUGGCUCCAGGCAACAGAUCUUCCAAAGGAGGUAUACAAACACCUAGCCUACUAUGUACCCAAGAUCUACUGCACUGGACCCAACCCAAGCAUACUGGAUGACAACUUGAUAGUACAACAUGUUCUCCUAGGACCACUGGAAUGGUAUCUUUGUGGUGAAGAUCCAGGGUUAGGAUUUCCCAAACUGGAGCAAGCUAACAAAUCAUCUGAUCUUUGUGGACGUGUUUUUAAAGUGGGAGAACCAACCUAUUCUUGCAGAGACUGUGCAGUAGAUCCAACUUGUGUUUUGUGUAUGGAUUGCUUUUUGGGAAGUAUUCACCAAGGACACAGAUAUAGGAUGACAACAUCUGGUGGUGGAGGAUUUUGUGACUGUGGUGAUGCGGAAGCAUGGAGAAAGGGAAUACACUGCCAAAAGCAUGACCCUGGCAUGUCUGGUACUGCUGAAGAGGAUCCACUGUCACACUUGUCAGAGGAUAUGAUAGCCAGGACAUACAACAUCGUUGCCAUCAUGUUUAAGUAUGCAGUAGAUAUGCUGAUAUGGGAAAAGGAAAGUGAAUUGCCCCUAGGUUUAGAACCUUUGGAUAAAGGAGAUACCUAUUAUUGUAUGCUUUUUAAUGAUGAAGUCCAUACAUAUGAACAGGUGAUUUUAACCCUCAAGAAAGCUGUGAAUUGUACACAUAAGGAAGCUGUUGGGUAUGCUACAGCAGUAGACAGGGAGGGUCGACGAGCUGUUCGCUGUGGAGAUUACCAAUUCUGUGAGCAAGCAAAAUCUGUCAUCAUGAGAACUCCAGGUCGGCAGACCAAGCCCUUGAAGGUUCAGGUUAUGCAUUCUUCUGUUGUGGCACAUCAGUGUUUCAGCCUCAGACUGCUGACCUGGCUUAGCCAGGUAAUUGGUUAUUCAGAUGGUCUCCGUCGAAUUGUGUGUCAAGUUGGAUUACAAGAAGGUCAGGAAGGAGAGAAUUCUUCACUUGUAGACACAUUGAUGCUUAAUGACUCCAAACUAUGGAAAGGUGCAAGAAAUGUGUAUCAUCAGCUGUUCAUGAGUAGUCUUCUCAUGGACAUGAAGUACAAGAAGCUUUUUGCUGUCCGUUUUACAGAAAAUUACCAGCAGUUGCAGAGGGAUUUUAUGGAGGAUGAUCACGAGCGGUUAGUGUCAGUGACUGGUUUGUCUGUCCAGCUCUUCACUGUUCCUACACUGGCUCGGAUGUUGGUAAUGGACCAUGACCUCAUGAGCAUUAUUAUUAGGACUUUUAUGGAUCAUUUAAAAUGUAAGGAUGCUCAUGGCAGAUUCCAGUUCGAAAGGUAUACAACUGCGCAAGCUUUUAAAUUUCGGAGGGUUCAAAGCCUUAUAGGUGAUCUCAAGUACAUUUUGAUAAGCAAGCCACCAGAAUGGACAGAUAAAUCAAGACAGAAGUUUUUAGAAGGGUUUGAAAACUUCUUAGAACUCCUGAAAUGUAUGCAGGGCAUGGAUCCAGUAACUCGUCAAGUAGGUCAACAUAUUGAAAUGGAGCCGGAGUGGGAAGCAGCUUUCACCUUACAAAUGAAAUUAACUCAUGUGAUUUCAAUGAUACAGGAAUGGUGUGCUUCAGAUGAGCUGGUUUUAAUUGAAGCAUACAAGAAGUGUUUAAAUGUACUAAUACAGUGCCAUAGUGGUUUUGCAGAUGGUGAACAACCUAUCACCUUGAGCAUGUGUGGUCAUUCAGUAGAUACUAUUCGAUACUGUGUAUCACAGGAAAAAGUUAGUAUACAUCUUCCAGUCUCGCGCUUACUUGCAGGAUUACAUGCUCUUCUCAGUAAAACAGAAGUGGCUUACAAAUACCCAGAACUCCUACCUUUGAGUGAGCUUAGUCCACCCAUGUUGAUAGAGCAUCCACUGAGAUGUCUGGUUUUAUCUGCCCAAGUUCAUGCAGGGAUGUGGAGAAGAAAUGGAUUUUCUCUAGUCAAUCAGGUGUAUUACUACCAUAAUGUAAAAUGUCGAGUGGAGAUGUUUGACAAAGACUUAACAAUGCUGCAGGCAGGGGCAUCAAUGAUGGAUCCAAAUCAUUUUCUUAUGAUAUUACUUAGUCGAUUUGAACUCUACCAACUUUUUAGUAUCCCAGAAUAUGGCAAAAAAUUUGCUGCUGAAGCAGCCAACAAGGAUAUCGUGCAACAAAAUAACAUCCUUAUUGAAGAAAUGUUGCAUCUUAUUAUAAUGAUUGUAGGAGAAAGGUUUGUGCCUGGAGUUGGACAGGUGAGUGCAGCAGAUGAGAUCGAACGUGAGAUUAUUCAUCAGUUGUGUAUCCGACCAAUGGCGCACAGUGAAUUGGUCAAAACAUUACCUGAAGAUGAGAAUAAGGAAACUGGAAUGGAAAAUGUCAUUGAAAGAGUUGCUUCCUUUAAAAAACCUGGACUGACAGGAAAAGGCCUUUAUGUCCUGAAGCCUGAUUGUGCAAAGAGAUUCAGUCUUUAUUUUCAUCAUUAUUCUAGGGCAGAACAGUCAAAGGCUGAAGAAGGACAAAGAAAACUGAAGAGGCAAAAUUCUUCAGACACUGCUCUUCCUCCUCCUGUCCCACCUCCAUUUUGCACACUUUUUGCCAGUCUGGUGAAUAUUCUACAGUCUGAUGUUUUGCUAAGCAUAUUGAGAACAGUACUACAGUGGGCAUUAGAACCAAACAGUUAUGCCUGGUCUGAGUCAAUGCUGCAACGGGUUUUGCACCUGAUUGGCAUGGCAUUACAAGAGGAGAACCAGCAGAUGGAGAUCAACUAUGAGGAAAAUGGAGAGUCAUUUAACUUCACUCAGAAAGUUUCACGACCUGGUGAUGCACCAGAAAACUCUCCUAGUAUUUUGACUAUGUUGGAAACCUUGCAGAACACCCCUAGUUUAGAGGCUCAUAAAGAAAUGAUCAAGUGGAUAUUGAAGACAUUCAAUACCAUUAAGAAGUUAAGGGAAAGGUCUCCUACCAGUCCUCUGACAGAGAUGGACAGAAAUCUUAUGGAAGAGAACUGUACCUUUAAAGACAAAGUGGAAAGGAAACGAAAAGCUGAGAUUGCCAGGCUACGAAGAGAGAAGAUUAUGGCUCAGAUGUCAGAAAUGCAACGACAUUUCAUUAACGAGAAUAAAGAGCUUUUCCAACAGACAUUAGAAGAACCUGAUACCUCAACCUCAUUGCUAACUGAUGCUAGCUCUGCAGUUUCAAAUGCAGCCCUUGUUGCUUUGGGUCCAGACCAAACCAAAGUCACUGAAAAGAGGCAAGUUGUAAUCUGUAUUUUGUGUCAGGAGGAGCAGGAUAUUAAAGUGGACACCCGUGCUAUGGUGCUGUCGUCCUUUGUCCAGAGGUCAACUGUGAUGUCAAAAAACAGGAAGAGAAUUAUUCAGGAUCCUGAAAAUUAUGACCCAUUAUUUAUGCAUCCAGAUCUGGCAUAUGGAACUCACACUGGCAGCUGUGGACACACAAUGCAUGCCCAGUGCUGGCAAAGGUAUUUUGAAGCAGUACUAUUAAAGGAACAACGAAGGCAGCACAGAACACGGGGGCACACGAGUUAUGAUGUGGAGCAUGGCGAAUUCCUUUGCCCUUUGUGCGAAUGCAUAAGCAAUGCUGUUGUCCCUUUAGUUCCUUCUCCAAGGAUUUUGUUCAGCAGUGACUCCCAGAAUUCUUCAGAACACUCAAGUUUGUCUCGGUGGUUGCGUUCUGUAUCACAGCUUAUUACAUCACUUCACAUCUUUCAUGAGAAGAAUAAUAAAUCUGAUAACCAAUUGGCUAAUAGCCCAGAAAGCAAAGAUGUACAGCUGCCUGACAAUUUCAAGACUGAUAUUAAUUUCAAAAGUAUUUACUCAGACAGCAUCAAAGAAAUGUUAACAAUAUUUGGAUUGGUGGUGUACAAAGUGGGACUAAAAGUUAACCCCAACGAGCAGGAUCCUCGUGUACCUAUAUUGUGUUGGGGCACCUGUGCUUACACAAUACAGUCUAUAGAACAAACAUUGGUAGAUGAAGAUAAACCAUUGUUUAGUCACCUACCCUGCAGGCAGGAAGACUGCCUUGCAUCAUUGACUAGAUUUUCUGCAGCACAUUGGACAGUUUCACCACUUCCUGUUGUGCAGAAACAUUUUGUACGGCUUUUGGCUGCUCUAGUACCAGAUGAAAAGGCGGAGAAGUCUCCAUGCAUUUUAGAUAUUGACAUGUUCCAUUUAUUGGUGAGUCUCAUUCUCGCAUUCCCAGCUGUCCACUGCCAGGACAUUUUAGGAUUUAGUGUGCAUACUGGAGACUUGUACCUUUUCCAUCUUGUAACUAUGGCACAUAUUGUGCAGAUUUUGCUCACUUCAUUACCAGAAGAGAAUACAAUGGAUCAAGAGAUUAGCAGUACAGAAGAGGAGGUUGCUGUGGCUGCUUUAUAUAACAUUCUCAGAAGGCACACAAAAAGUGCUUUGAAAGAAAGAUCUUCUGGAUGGCACCUGUGGCAUAAUUUGAAAGCUGGGAUUCUUCCAUUUCUGCGAUGUUCAGCAUUAUUUUUUCAUUAUCUCAGUGGAGUUCCACCACCAGCAGAGCUUCGGGUGCAUGGACCUAACCAUUUUGAGCAUCUGUGUCGCUACCUUUCCCUGCCAACCAAUCUGAUUGAUCUCUUCCGAAUUAAUAGUGAUGCAACUGAUCCAUUAAUUCAGAGGUGGUGUACUAUUACAGAAAUUGACAGUUACUUGAAAAAUGAGAACAUAGCUAUAAGUUAUCCAAGGGAAUUAAAUAGAUUAAUAGAGCUACCAAAUGAUUACAGUGCCCUCAUCAAUCAAGCAUCUGCUUUCUUGUGUCCAAAAUCAGGUGACAAAAGCAGAACUCCCACAUUGUGUCUUGUGUGUGGUGCUACACUUUGCUCUCAGAGCUACUGCUGCCAAACAAAGCUGGAAGGAGAUGAUGCUGGAGAAGAUGUUGGAGCAUGCACAGCUCACAGCUUUAUUUGUGGAGCUGGAGUUGGCAUCUUCCUAAGGGUUCGAGAAUGUCAAAUACUCCUUUUAGCUGGGAAAACAAAAGGCUGCUUUUAUCCUCCUCCUUACCUUGAUGACUAUGGGGAAACAGACCAGGGGCUAAGACGUGGAAAUCCUUUGCAUCUGUGCAGAGAACGUUAUAAAAAGUUAGAAAAACUAUGGCAGCAACACAGCAUCACAGAAGAAAUAGGACAUGCACAAGAAGCUAAUCAGACUUUAGCUGGCAUUGACUGGCAGCAGCUGUGAUUUUGGAAGAAGUUGCUUCAAGUUUAGAAGCCAGUAGUUACUCAAAGGGAAGUUGCUGUUAGACACAACAGUGUAAAAAUUAAAAAAAAAAAAAAGAUAAGCCUGUAUCAUAAUCAUAUGAAUAUUGUAAAUUAAUCUGUUGUUGUCACCUUUUAAGUACACUAAAGACUGAGUAUCUCAUAAGGUUCUGUCAAAACUUCAUUGGCGUAGUUUGCACUUCCCUAGAGUCGAAUACUUCAGGUUAAAAAGCUAAGCUGUAUAAUCUGACACAUGCCAUACAAUUUGCCUGGUUUCAUCUUUGUUUUAUCUUUCAGGUUGUGAAAGGGUCUUGUUAAAUUGUGAUAUUUUGUAAAGUGCUUUCAAAAUUAUCUUUUAACACAGUUGUUUGUGUUGCAUCCUACCUUCCCACCCACCCCCCAGAGUUUUUCUGAGCCAUUUUUUUAUUUUCUGAAUUAUUUCAUUCCUAAUGCACCAUUGUUGUGUAAAGGUUAAACUGUGCUGAAGCCCAGCGUCUCAUUCUUCUUUACUCAUUACAGUCUAAGCCGCGGUGGUACAGCGGUAGCGUUGUUGCCUCACAGCAAGAGGUUCUCCUGUUCGAUUCUCGGCUGGAGUGCCUUCUGUGUGGAGUCUGCAU